AUGGACAAAGCAGGAAAUAUUUGCAAACACCCUGUGAAGCACCUGGUGAAACAAAACGUCAGUAGACUAAAUGUAGUAGUGUUGUGUUUAUUUCUUGCUCAUCACUUCUUGACCACAGGAAGCGAAGAUUGCGGAAUUUGUGAGGAAGGAUGGAAGGCUCUUGGUUUAAAGUGUUACUACUUUUCCACUGAGAAACUGAACUGAACGCAGAGUCGAGAUUACUGUGCGAAGAGCGGAAGCCAUCUUGUGAUUAUAACCAGCCAAACUGAACGGGAUUUUGUAUCUUCGCAAAUUCGUGAAACACACUGGAUUGGCUUGAAUGACUUGGAGACUGAGGGAGACUGGACAUGGGUGAACAACCAGCCCUUAAAUGAAACGGGUGUGAUCAAGAGCCCCAAACAGCCUGACAACUGGGAAAGGGAGGACCCUUCUGGAGAGAACUGUGCUGCUCUGGGGGACGCGAAUGGUAACCUACAUACAUGGUUUGAUGCGUCUUGUAAUAAGACAAAAAGGUGUAUCUGUGAGAAGUAAGAUCAUUCUAAAUUUUGUGUCUGCAAAUACUUGUGCUUUCAGGAAUGUAGGAUAAUUUUUGGUUGAUGAGUCGGAAUAUUUUAUAUUGUAAAUCAGCUAACAUUAAAUUUACCUGUAUUUUUUGUUUAUUUAUUUUUUUUAAACAUGU